CUCUCUCUAUUAUAAGGGGACAUGUAUGUCAUGAGUAGGUGAGGGGAGGUGUCUAUACUGAUCUUGAGAAAUGUUUUUAUACUAUAAGGAGUCAGGCGACGGCUGCAGCCGGGUAUAGACUACACCAGAUAUUUUCGCAGAGUGAUGGCGAGCGACCCUCCCCCACCCUAUCCAGGGGGUCCGACAGCCCCUCUCCUAGAGGAGAAACAUGUAACACCCAAUAUUGAAGAGAACAGUCAACCACCAGGGGUAUAUCCACCAAGCAUGCCAUAUUUUUACCCUGAUACAGGACCCCCACCUUAUGAAGCAAACCCAGGGUACAUUGCCCCAAACCAAGGUUAUUACCCUCCACCUGGACCCUAUGCACCUAUGGGAUAUUACCCACCUCCCCCGGGGCAGUACCCGUCUCCAGGGGCACACGCCACUACAGUGAUAGUACCACCGGUAGCAGGUCCUGCAUCUACAACCACUACAGUGACUGUGCUGCAAGGGGAGGUGUUCCAGGGCUCCCCAGUACAGACGGUGUGCCCUCACUGUCAGCAGCCUAUCGUCACCAAAAUCUCCCACGAGAUUGGACUCAUGAAUUUCUUGCUGUGCUGCUUCUGUUGCGUUGUAGGGUGUGACCUAGGAUGCUGCCUUAUCCCUUGCAUGAUUAAUGACCUGAAAGACGUCACCCACACCUGCCCAAACUGCAAGGCUUACAUCUACACCUACCGGAGGAUGUGCUAAAGCAUCUAGGCUCUGUCAUUAACCUUGUUGCAUCUCCAAUCUCAUCUCUCCAUCCAUAGUUUGCCUCUAACAAGCUGUGAAUCAUCACACAGGGAACUGCAGUCAUCAUCCUUCCAGACAUUAGGAGGGGACAUAUGUGUCAUACUCUGUGUAACUAUCUGUAAAGAAAAAAAAGAGAUAAAAAAAAUCCCUGAGACUUCAUAUUAUGCUUCUUGUACCAAACAGGAAGCCAUCCAUUUUCUUUGUUAAAUGGAUGUAUUGUCGUUAGGGGAAUAGAAUAAAAUUCUUAGUUGGGUCCGUUUUUCACUUAGUGAAGUCAUAGCACUUCUAUAUUCAGCCAAUCACUAACAAGUGUGUGUGGGACAACUGUACAUUCGCUGUCUCCGCCAUUUGCUCUGAACGCUUAAUGGCAACAGACCACGGGAAUCCGUUAUAUUCCUGCAUUGUGAUGAAAGGUGUCAUUUUCCGUGUGAACAUGCUCAACCCCCGAGGCCUUCUCCGGCUACCUCAGAGACUAGUGUCGUCUGAUAUGUGAACCUUUUUUUUAGUUUGAUGAACACUUAACCCCUUUCUGCCGUCACAGUGAAUGUGAAUAAUAUGAAUAGCCCCCUAGUUACCAGAGUUUGCAGCCCUACCUAGCCAUACGGUUACAACAGAGCUCUGCAUGAUAUUCUUAAAACAUGCAUUCAUUGCCAUGUAAUGAAGAUUAACAAAUAAUCUCUUGACUUUCUCACAAUGCAUGGAAAUCCCUUCAUCCCUACUGGUGCAUCGUUUGACCUUUUUUCACAAGGAGCUGUUCUGAUUCGCUGCUGCCUUGAUCCUGUCUCCCUUGUUGUAAAAAUCAGUCUUGGAAUUAUUCAUUUUGCUGCAUUUCGUUGGGAGAGGAAUCUGCUUCUAAUGAGCCUCAGAAGCUAUCUACAUUGUACAUAAAACACUAGUGGAUUUUGUCAACUAUUUUCACUAAGAAACCUUAUCUCUCUGGCCCUCGAGUAUGCAUGAAUUCUUUUCUUUUGGACGUAAUAUACUUCUCGUUAUUAUCCCUUUUUUUGGCUUUGCCGAUUCAGAUUAUGCACAGAGAAAAAGUAAUGAAUAUGUUUACUAAUUUGAAUUUGUCAGUGCAGUUGUUAAAUAUGUAUUAGAUAAUUAUGUUUUCUUUAUGUCUAUAUAAUGCUUUGAAUUUUGAAGGAAUAUGUAAGACAAAAUGAAACCGAUUCAGAUAGAACGUACAGUUUUAAACACUUUCUAAUUUACUUCUCAUCAAAUUUCCCCUUUGAUUUUCUAUAAACGUAUCUCCUUUCUAUGAUAGCAUACUGAAAUACGCUCAAGAGUGUGCACGUGUCUUCAGCACAUUAUGUAAAACAUUGUUACAAACGUUGCAAAGACUGCUGCUAUAUAGUGCACACUCUUGAGCCUACCUCAGUAUGUUAUCAUAGAAAGGAGGAACAUUUAAAAAAGGGAUACCAAGAGAUAGAUUUGGUUAUGGGGUAGAUUGGAAAGUUUAAUAUGUAUGUAUAGCACACUCAUCGGAAUCAUAAGUUUCAUUUUCGUCUCCCUUUAAAGGGACAUGGUACUCCAAAAAAAAAAAUUAAGUAUAAAUUGAACAGGAAUAUGAACUUUGUUACAUGUCUUUUUUUUUUUUUGCCAUUUACAAAAAAAAAAAAAAAACAUGGUUAACCCCUUAACGCCGUUAGGACGUUUCAUGCCGACCUAACCGCACUGGGCUUUAGCGCCGAUAGGACAGCAUGGAAUGUCCAAACAGUUCUGCUUUACUGAAGCAGCUACGGCUUCCUAACUGGGAUUGCGGACUGGAGAGAGUGCCUAUGACGCUAUUGAAAUAACACAAUUUCAGUUUGUUUACAUCAGAACUUUGUUCCAAUGUAACCAGUACAGACAGGACGGGGUUAACUGCUGCAUUUUCAUAUACAUGAUUAGGAAAAAUUUUAAGUACUAAUCGGGAUAAAGAAUCUCAGGAGCGUCUGGGCUAAACUUGUACCUAUGGCUCUAGUAUUUUUAAAGCGUAUGACAUGUCUGACUACUAAAAUUUCUGAUAGAUAUCCUAACAUUUGGGUACGUUUAUUCCUCCCCGCUAAUGGUGUCUGGAUGUUUUGAGUGCCCCUGCCACGUGUGCUAUAAUAUCACUCAAUAAGCUAUUAGGAAAUAGUGGUGUCGAUUUAGACAUUGUCAGGGUAUCUAUGUACUGUACACUACAGUCUGCUGCUGUAACAGUGACACAGCAGCCGCAGAGGAGGUUAUACAAUCACCAGCCCCCAAGUCCAAUAUUUAGUUCAUUUUUUUUUUUCUUUCUUUUGCCAAUCCGAGCCACAGUUUACGCUUUUUUUUGUUUCUUUUAGUUACAGGAAACCAGUGCUGGUGACUGCCUAUUAAUGUGAACAUUAUUUUAUUAGUUAAUUGCAUUAAACUCUAAUUAUUAAUCUUACCAUGUUUAACCUUUGUUCAAAAAAAAUAAAAAUAAAUGAAGAAAACAAAAAUUGGAA